ACUCAACACAGAUCAUAAGCGAAUUUCAGUACGGAUAUCACGAUGCCGAAGAUUUCUCUGUUUGUUGCUUUCAUUUGCUUAUUUGUUAUCGUUUAUGCCCAAAGCGAUAGAGAUAUUUGUAAACGAUUGAACGACAGAUGUGAUUCAAGGGUCUUGAGAAAUGGAAGAAACAACGAUGUUUCGAAUAUUUUCAAUGAGAAUUGUCGGCGAUCCAAUAGAAAUUGGCGCGAUAUCUCCCGAUGCGAACUCGCAAAAGCCAAUUGCAUAUUGACCCUUGAACGAUGUGAUACCGUGACCUGCGAGAAUGUCAGGCGAGUCCUUGCCUAAUAAAAUACCGAGACCAGAUUCGGAUGACAUGUAAAAAACAAAAAAAAAUCAA